UAAGACUACAGAGGGAGUGGUUCAGUCCCAGCAGGCUCAGCUUUUCAAUCAGGGUCUGAGGAUUAGCAGAUCAACAAGCGACUUCUUUUCUCUCCAGUACGGUUUAUCACUUCCUCUUCUGAGCAUCAGUAUAAACUGGGCAGAAGACACCUCUUGUCCUAGACUUGCUUCAAAACAACUGAUCUCAGCCUCAACAUGUCACUGCUCUCUUUCAUACUGCUGGCAGCUACUGCAGUGUGCUGCUUCACAACCCUCUGUGCAUCGCCAGUGAAAGGCUUUGGUGUCAACAAGUGUCAGUGUGUGACCACCACCUCAUCCAUAAUCCCAUCUCGGGUGUUCCAGAGGAUUGAGAUCGUUCCUCCGGGAGCACACUGUCCCAAAACCGAGAUCUUGAUUACCCUAAAGGACAGCCGAACAGUUUGCAUAGACCCUGAAGCACGAUGGAUCAACAAUGUCAUCUCAAAAGUAAUGAGGAGCCAAAGAACUGCAAAGAAAACGGCUGUGCCCACUGGGGCAUAAAUCAACGCAAACAAGAACAACUUUCCAUUUCCUGCCUUUCAGUUAUUCCUUUUCUUUAAGCAGCCAACUCAAGUGUGCUGAAUGUUAUUGGGCCAAAUUUAUACAAAAUCUGUAAUUAUUAUUUUUAAAUAAAAAUCUCACAGCCUUCUUUCUUUAAAAUGACAAGAGAUGA